AUGUAUGGUAUUCAAGCGUAUGCCCUUCAAACUGGGAAGGUGAAUAUUUCUGACACAUCACAAAACAACCAUGGCUGCCAGACCGUUUCUUUCAAUACUCAGUUCCAGGGUUCUGGAGACGUAAAGGUGUUUGCAACGCUUAGCCACGGAAGCGAACAUGUCAAAAUCCACGACCCAGCGUCUGUUUGGGUGAAGUCAGUGUCCACAUCUGGUUUUGAUGCCUGCGUUCGUGAAGCAGGAAGUGGUUCUGGAGGCGGGUCUGUGAUCAACUGGCUUGCAUUUCAAGGCUCGCACCAAGGCAUUGAUUCAGGAAUCGUUGAAUUUGAUGAAUUCACCUCAAGAACCCAGUGCAAGAAGAUAUCGCUUAGUAUUCAGAAUAAGGUGAGAUGGUAAAGUAGGUGCAUUCAGUCAGUCAUUUUAAGAUACUUAGAGGUGACAAACAACACAUUCUCACUUGCGCAAAAUCGAUCAGGCAUGGAAGAAGAGGUCUUGAGCCUAAAGCUACAAUCGAGAAUUCGGAAGUCCCAUGCUUUGCUGUCAUGAUUUGUCGCUUAGAAGGAAAUUUGAAAAGUGUCACAUCAGGGUUAUGUAGAAUCCCAGACCGUACAUUUUCAUUCUUCUUUUUUUUUUCUGUGUCAUAGAUAAUUCUUCUUUUGUUACUCUGUCUUACUUAGGCGAGACCCCAGGUGUUUGUGACUGUUCUACAUAAACAUUCCGACCGACGAUUUGACGCCAUGAAUAUUUGGCUAGAAGACGUCAAAAAGGAUGGUUUUGUGGUUUGCUUGAGGGAGUUUAUGAGCUUCGACGGCAUCCAUUCGGGUCUCAAAGUGGUAAGUUGAAAUUAGAGAAGUCUGAUGUUCACUAGCCUUUAUUGCUCUUUUCGCGAAUUUACCACACAGGUUUUGCGUGGCAAAGAAGUCCACCUUGGGGUAACUAAAGGGUGUUCCAGUACAUGUGGCAUGACACACUACACUACUAUGUAUAUCAAAUUCUGCGUCUUGCUCCUUCUUCAAGUUGUAUUACAAAAAUUAAUAUAUCAAAAACAACAGUGACAACAAGGAAAUUGUUUCAGUUAAGUCUUAAAAGCACUUAAAAGUGCUAGUUUAUUUAGGUUAGAUAUACCUGUUCCCAAUGCUUUUUGCAGCACUUCUGUCUGUGGGAGCUUUCUACCUCAGGACGAAGAAUAAUGAUAAUAAUCCUCCGCAAAUCUGCAAAUAAAUCUGUGUAUAUUCUGUUUAUUUUUUUUUUAUUACUUUUUUUUUCGUGAAAGAACUGGCUUGCGUAUGAUGUGCUCCCGGCGUCUUGGAAUAUUACUGAAAGAGGAAAGCUUCAUUUUUCUGGACUUGGUGCACCAAAGAAAGGAAACAACUAUGCUUUUUGUCAGGUUGGAAAGACUAUCGGUCUUUUAUAUGUAUUUGAUGAGCCUCUGUUUAGUUAAGUUCAGCUCAAGCGAAAACGUGUAUCGCUCAUUUCCGAGAGACACUAUAGCGGUCCGUUUCUAUAAUGAAUGUACGGUUAUCAGUGACAAAAUAGGGUUUAUCGUAUCGUUGAUCUUGAUUUCCGUUGCCCACUAUACUUGAAUUGUACAAUAGUGCAUCCAAUAGCAGUCUUUAUAAACCUUGAUGUUGCACUAUAAUCUCUUUUAUUUAUAUCUUUUGGGAAACUUGCAAAACUUUAAGAGGAAAAACACUUUUACCUAUUAUUAUAGGCAAGUUAAAUAGGAACUGUCUUACAUAACAACAACAACAACAAACAAAAACGUUAUUGACAGCAAUGAAACCCAUAACACAUACACACUACCUACAUUAGCAAAAGCUAUUGGAGUCAGGCAUUGUACAUGAACUGAUGCAUUUUUAAAUGUCUUAAAUGUUAAAACAAAGAAAAAGACAGAAAGGCCUUUGAAUUACAAUAGUUUUUCUUAAACCGAGGUCGGAAUAAAAAGGUGAUAAGCUUUGAAUAAGGCUUUAACUAUGCAUUUUUGUGUAAUAAUGGUUUUCAGGAUUAUAAAUUCGAAAAUCCAUUUUACGAGCCUCCCAGUGUCCUCGCGUCUGCCAGACAUGACAACGACACCAGUGCUCUGUGGAUGAAGGCUGAUGGUCGUUUUAGCAACGCUUUAAAUGUUUGGAUCGAGGUAAGUAAUUUUGUAGACCAUAUACAGCCAUUUAUCUUUCCUCAUUUAUUGAAACUGAUUUUAGGGUUCUGUUUUCAAUUGCCUCCACACUCCAAGUAACUGAGUAAAAAUAAAUUAAGCGCUCGAAAUGGCUGCACCGCUUUUAUAUUUGACUUGAGUCAAAUUCCUCAGUCAUUACUGUCGUUUCAACUACGGUUUUGUACCAGGCAAUUUUUCAAUAUUUUUUAUUUAAUUUCAAAUGUGGGCUGGAAAAAAACUGGCGAAUAAAAGAACUUCAUUCAAUUUCAGUAAAAUUGAGUCAGUCGAAAAAAUUGACUUAGGUAAUUCUAAAAAGUUAUUUUCUACACAUACUUUUCUUGCGUUUGGAAUUCUCACCCCACAAAAGAAAUACCCACUCUUUAAAAAUCUAGGAACUAGGAACCUACUUAAGACGCAGAAAGCUUCACUUUUUUUCUCAAUUUACUUGGAUAGACUAAGGAAAUUUUUGAACUGCCAGAUAUUUAAUUAUAAAUUUAAUAUCUAGUUCAUUGUUUAGGAAUUCUAUAAAUUUUUUGUACUUCAGUUUGACCGGAGUAGUAAAUUGAUCGAACUGAACAGUAUUUCUCGCUAAAUUUGUAGCAGUCAUACCUGAAUGAAUUUGUUGUCUUCUAGGAAAUCACUCGUUUGUCUUUCAAAUUGUGCAUCAAGGACAGCCAGGGAAUAAGCAAGUCUCACGAUCCAGUUACAGUGGACUAUGCAAUUGUGGGAGGUAAUUUGUUGUUUGCAUUGCAUCCAAAAGAAGAAACUUUAGUCAAGAUAACAAGCAAUUUUUAAAACCGAAAAAAGAAAAGAAAAACGAAAAACGAAAAAGGACAAGUUUUUUGGACAUAUACACAUGUAGUGAAGCUCUUAAAAAACGUAGUCUUUUAUAAUUCUUCUGACUUAAGUCUCGCCCCGCAUGCCGAAUGGGGUAAUAUUUUUCCCAAAAAUGUAUUAUUUUAAGCACUUUUUGCUUCAGGAAGAUUUCCAAUAGGAGUUGAGGGAAAAAAUUGGUUAAAUUCCUGUCGUAAGAAGUGAUUUUGUAUUUUGUCUCAAAGAUAUUGACCCGUGCACAAAUGUUACUUGCGAUUACCAUGCCAUCUGCAAAGCUUUCUCUGCUUUUGAUGCCCGAUGUGUUUGUGAUGACAACUGUCCGUCAUAUGAGGAGCCGGUGUGUUCAUCCAACUCGACAACAUUCAAGAACAAGUGCUUUUGUCUGUUGGACAUUUGCCAACGCAAAGGCAACCACACCCUUUAUCAUCCUGGCAGCUGUACAGGUAGAAUUCUUACUAGGCUUUUUUUACAUUACUUCUUUUUUGCCUACUGCAAAGCAUGAGACGAUCCACUAGGCCUGGGUCAGGAUUAAAUAUUGCUUUUGUUUCCGCCUUCUCAGCGCAUGUCCCUCUUACUCCCUGCACACACAUACUCCCCAUCACCAUAGAUGAAUUGACAGAGAAAUUCAUAACGGCCUUUUCUUUUAUCAUUAGCUCUUGAUGUCACUUUGGCUUACUUUGUUAAUUUGUUAAUCUAAUGUGCUGGAUACGAGCUACCUGGAUGUAUCACUUUAAAGGCCAUUUAAGCCUGGCAUUGAAGCAAAAACUCUUUCUUGUUCCUCUAUCCUUAUUUGUUUUAACUCUUUGCAUUUGUAUACUUCUUUAGGCUUUCCAGUUCAGACCGGGCGGGUUUCACUCAUAAGACGGGUAAAAUCAGCUGAGACGGCCUGUAAAGUGGUGAAAUUUCCACCAUUCUCCUUCUAUCCAGACAAAGAAGUACACGUGCAAAUAACGACCAAUCACUGGAACAUCAGCAGGAAAAAUUUUAUACAUGAUGCCACAGUUUCAUGGGUGCACACCGUUAACUACGAAAAUUUUGAGGUGAAUCUUAAAAAUGAUGGUUUAGUUUAUGAUAAAGGCCAGCGGUCUACCAAGUGGUAAUAGUUUGUAAUUCGGUAGGAUUUAAAGAUUUCCAUUCUCGGCGUGUAUGUUUUUAUUUCUCUUAACCUUUUUAUUGACGAUUUGUAAAAAAUCCAUUUACUGUUCCUUAAUUGCUAACGUAAUCACUGUGUAAUUACUGUUCUUUAAUUCCUGUUCAUAACUUGUACUACUUUUAUCAUUUUAAUUGUGCUCAUCCUGCAUGUCUUGCUUAUUCUGAAAAAUUAACGUUAUAUAACAUUUAUAGCCUGUUCCAGGCGUUCAGAUAGUAGGGAGCGGUGCGAAGUAAAAAGGAGCGCGAAAAAAUAAAAGCGAGGGAGGGGGAGAGGCACCUCUCUCCCCAGCCCCCCUCUACUUUUUAUCGCUUUCUUUACUUCGCACCGCUCUCCACUAUCUGAACGCUUGGAACAGGCUAUAACAUUUAAAACUUGACAUCAGAGUUUUUCCCCUUAUAUGUAUUUAUGUGUGAUUAAUCCAUCAAAAACUGCUCGAAAUAUUGGUGUGCUAUUUGACUCGUCACUGUCUAUGGAAGAACAUAUUAAGGCAACCUGUAAAUCUGCUGUCUUCCAUUUAAGUAUCAUAGCUCGAAUACGAAAGCACUUGCUAGCACAAGCAGCAGAGACCUUGAUCCAUUCCCUUGUGACCUCAAAAGUGGAUUUCUGCAAUUCACUUCUUUAUGGUGUUCCUAAUCAACCGAUACAAAAACUCCAAAGAGUUCAAAACUCAGCGGCCAGGCUAUUAACUUAUACCAACAAGCGGGAACACAUUAAACCUGUGAUAAAACAGUUUCACUGGCUACCUGUUGAGUUCAGGGUCCCGUAUAAAAUCCUACUCAGGACUUUGGUAAUGUUUAAAUGACACUGCUCGUGCUUAUCUUAAAGAUUUAAUUCACCUGUAUACGCCAAACCGCAGUCUGAGAUGAACUCAAAAAACUACUUAGCUCAUGAGCAAUACCACCUGAAAAGUUAUGAUCCGGUUAGAGCCUUCACAAUUGCAGCACCCAUUCUCUGGAAUGCACUCUCAGAUAGGCUCAGAGACCAUUCAAAUUUUCUAUAUCUUCUUAUAAGAAAUAACUUACAACACACUUUUUUAAAAUAGCUUUUUAGCAUGUGAAUUUUCUACUGCUGAUUUAAUUAUUUAAAUAAUUCCUUAUUUUAUUGUGAAGUGGUAAUUAACUUUACGGAAUUAGCGCUAUAUAAGUGUUACUUGGACACAGAUAAAAUCUCAAUCAACCAAAUAACUGUUGAAUUUUAUCUUUAGGUCUGCGUGACAGCAGCUGGAAGAAAUGACCGCUCCAUUCAAGAGUUUGCCACCGUGGACUGGGUGGCUUACCAAGGAGCACCUGAUGGUGGUGUGGCAGGAAAAUCACGCAUUUCACAGUGGUGGACUGGAUCACAGUGUAAAGAAGUUAACCUUCCUCAUGUAAUUGUCUAUUUUGUGUCUAUUUUUCAGUGCAGUUGGCGAUCUUUGGGGCGGCGGGUAGGGGUGGGGGGGGGGGGGACCUAAACGUGGCGAGAGGUUAUGCCACCCUCCCAUUAGUAAUAUCCAUGAUUACGAAUCUUACAGUGUCAAAGUUUCGAUGCUGCAGUAGGAAAUUGCAUUAUUUUUUCAAUUGCCGCCAUACUGGAUUGUUAUUGUGUUUUGGAAGGUGACCGAUUGUGACGCAAUCACGUUAUUCAGAUAUUUUGCAUUUUAAAAACCACAAAUUUUGUUUUGCAUAAGCCUGACUAAUUCAACAAAAAUCCGAGAUAUCCAAACGAUGUGAACCACGGUCAGGUUGGACUCCAUUGCACAAAGUAUGUUUUACGAUUGAGGGACGGGGAGGUGGGGUGAGGGAAUCAAUUGAUAUUAUGGUGGAUGGAGGGAGGAAAAAAUGUAAGAUUUUUAGAUGCUUGAAAAAUAAAGUUUGAAGUGAAUAAUUGAUAGUAAAAGACCGAUUCAUCAGGCCCUGCUCCCCAGGAAGCUCAUUCGCAGGCUAAACCCCUUAAAACUGCAAAAACAAUCAUUCAUUCAUGCACUAUAUUUUGUCGGUACAUGGCAAAUGUUUGUCUUCUGCCAAGGCGGUUAUAAAGCAUAAACCAACAGAAACUGAAACUAUGAAACAAAACAGACAAAACCGGCCUUAUACAUGUGAAGGUUAAACUCCUGGCGGCCAGAAACAUGCAGAUCGUGUUUCAUUUUUUGUUCUGAGCUUUUUGUUUUGGAUAUGUUGUUAAGAAAUUAACAGUAUUAAUUAGUCUGGAUAUACAACUCACCUUUUGUGAUUUGCAUUAACGAUUGCUUCACAGGGAAAGUUUGCUACUGCGCCAACAGUCCUGGUUACAGCAGAACAUAUUAGUGCAGCCUUCAAGCAUGAUGCCGCCAGUUUGUGGGUGGAGAACGCAACCAGUUCCUCCUUUUACAUUUGUCUUCGAGAACUGCAGAAUUAUGAUGGUCUACAUGAGGAUAUCUUUGUGGUAGUUUGAUUGUUAUCAUUUUUCUGAGGGAUGCACAUUAAGAACCGUAGAGAAAAAAAAGCACAUGUCAAAAAGAGAAAAUAAAAUAUAUAAAAUAUAUAAAGAAAGAAACAUCACAUUUAGCAAAUAGUGAUGAUGAACAUAUCUCAAGUGGUCAAAAACAGUGUGUGUAUGAAUAUCGUAACAUUUCAAGCUUCCAAUUCUAUUUUUAUAAAGCGACAGAUGCAAAACUCAGGACUGGUAAAUUUCGUUCCGGAAUGGAGUUUACCUUUUGUACAAAUCAGCCCCAUUUUCUAAAAAACGGCCGCAAAGGCCUGAAACUGGUAUCAACGAUGGCUUUGAAGAAAUGGAAUACGAAUUUCCCUUUCGAGCAUUCCGACUGGACAAACAAGACUACCUUCCCAGAUGUUCCGUUGUUGCUCCUGGAAAUUUUCCGUUGUAAUGACCCAUGGAAUCGUGAUCCAUUUACUUUCCUACCGAAUUUUUCUGGAAACUUUUACGUAAGUGGUAAACAACUCCUCGUUUCCACCUGUAACUAUAAAAUUGACUAUUAACGAGACGGCAUCUAACGUAAUGACUGGUUUUUAAAUUAAAAACGGCAGGUACUAGGUAUAUGUUAUCAUCAGAAGAUUCGUUUGAAAUCAAUCACUCUCGACUGCUGAACAUUACUUUUUCAGAAUUGGAUGGUCUUUGAUACAAUCCACCGGCCCCUUUUUGCCGAGAGCAAACAAGUGCAUUUUCCAAACAAUAACCCUGUUUCUGCGAACACCAAUGGUGCAUUUUGUAAGGUAAGAAACAGGUGUAAGCGAAAACCUACAAUCUUGGACUAAGUUAAUGAAAAACCUAGACCCCGCUCCCCCUAUUUGAAAGACGGAAAAAUGACACGUUUUUGCUCUUCGCGCGGCUUCAUCCUUGAUUUGGGGCGGGGCGGGGCGGGGCGGGGGGGGGGGGGCAGGUGGGGGUUUGCUGUUCAAUUCAAUUCUGUCCAGGAUUGUAGCUCUCUGAUUAUUUAAGCUUGUGCAGAGAAAUGAAAGCUGAUAUUCAACAAGUCCGAAUCGUUUCUUUGUUUCGUUUUGUUGUUGUUGUUUUUUUAUUGGCUGCAUCUGACUGUGAAACGCCUUAAGUAAUCUCGACCAUAAUCCUUUGACAUGCUUUGUGUUCUGAAGGAAUUUUGUCAGAAAUGGAAACCGGGUAAGGGAACGUCUUUAAGUUAACCUUGUUUCAACUAAAUUCUUCCUAUAAAAAGGGUGUUUUUCCACUCCCUUCACUGUCUUCACGGCAGCAUUCUUCUAGGAAAACCUUGGAUACAGGUUUUGACACUUACAUCUUACGUAGCAUGAAUUAACAAAAUGGUGUGCUUUGAACUUAAUUUACUAUAUAUUAAUAGCCUACGUUUUCUACCCCUAGGACGUGCAAUUUGCAAGAAAUUACGACAAAGAACCCAUAGUAGUGAUAGCAGCCAGUCAUAACUCAGAGGGCAACAACUUAAAACCAAUACACAUGUCUGUUACUGCUUGGGUUGAGGUAAUGUAGGAUGGAAGUGUUUUAAGUCAUAUGAUAAAAAGGUCAGAAGCAAAAGAAUACUACAUUUUUUAUGUCAAGAAGUGAAGAGAUCUAUGUGGAAGUUUAUUAGGCCCUGUUAAAACGUCAUAUUUCACAUGUGCCGAACCUACUUUAAAUGGGCCGGAACAAUAGAUUUUCCCCAUUGGCCGGCUAAAUUUAACACAUAAGAAAACGUGACGUUUAAACCGGGCCUAAAACAAUGUACAUGUAGCAAUAUUUACACAAAGGACCAUUCCGUUGAACUUGAAAGUUUUUAAUAUUGUUAAGUAAGUCUAAAGCAUCUUGCUUUUUCGGCUGUUUUUUCAUACACCUUUCUUAAGUUCUAGUUCUGAAGUCGAAAUAAAUUGACGCCUUUAAUCAAAUUCUAUUUCGAGACAUAACUACAAUGCCUUACUGAUCAGCUUGAUCAGGCGAAGUUCUCCAGUAUAUUUGACCUUUAUACACGUACUCACAUUAAGUACUCACAUUCUUAUCUUUAUUACCAAAACUGUUUUGUAAGUAACACAAUUAUUUGAUAUGAGCGUAAAGAAUUGAAAAACAAGGUUUGUGACAUCACAUGAUUUCACAAAUUCUCCUUUUCGAAUUUUGAGGCAGCCAUCUUGAGCCCGCUGUUGCCCAGUUAACGAUGAAGUUAGCAAUUAUUACAACGAUUUCUUUUGCCAAACCAUCUUUAACCACGUUUUUUUUUUAAAAUAAAACUAAUAAAACGGACGACUUAAAGAAGAGAAAUCAUACCAUCGAGAAAGUGUUUGUCAUUGAAACGUCAAUCACGAUCACAUGUAACAAUUGAAUGAUAUAUUAAUUGCUUCCACAUAAAUUUCAGAAAAGCCCUGAAAUUUGGCGGGUUGUUGUUUAGGCGGCUCAAAAAUUUAAAUAUGCAAAGUGAGAGCGGACACUUUUGCCUUACCCCAGACUAAACUCUCGAUUUAUGGUGCUGAGAAAGAUUUUUGCUUUGGAAGGGAAAUUUAGCUUGUUUUACAAAGGAUAUUAUUCAUUUUGCAGCACAUUAAUACAAGCGAAUUCCGCAUUUGUCAUAAAGAGUUGUACGCUGACCAGCAUGAUCCUGUAAAUGUAUCGUAUGCUAUACUUGCAGGUGGGUUUGGCGGCAAAAUUUAGCUUGUUUUACAAAGGAUAUUAUUUAUUUUACAGCACAUCAAUACAAGCGAAUUCCGCAUUUGUCUCAAAGAGUUGUACGCUGACCAGCAUGAUCCACGGUUUGGCGGCAAACACCCCUCCCCCUUUAUAGCGACAUUAAGCGUUAAAGUUACCAUACAAUGCACGUCUGUCUAUUUUUCUUUUGUUUUUAGAAGUUCAACUAUGCUGAUAUUUUCCAAGACUGAAGGCUUAUAUAAUUUGUACUUUCUAAUACAUACCCUUGUUUAUUGUUAUUUGGUUUGUUCCUGCAGAUGUAUGUAAACCCGGUUGGUCUUAUUUUGGUGGCACAUGCUACUCAACCAGUCAAACAUGUAAGAACUGGACUGAAGCCCAGAAAACAUGCCAAUCAUACAGUGCUAAUCUCAUUAGUGUACGAAACCAAGAAGAAAACGUCUAUAUUCAACAUAGGAUGAAUGGCGCUAAGGGCUGGAUUGGACUAAGCGAUAGUGACACAGAGGGAACUUUUGUCUGGGCAGAUAAUCAACCCAAUAACUUCACAUACUGGGCUAAGAACCAACCCAACAACUUGAACAAUGAAGAUUGCGUUCACACUUUGGGAGUCAGACAUAGCUUUAUGUGGAAUGAUGUGAGCUGCGACACCUGCCAUAACUACACCUGUUCAGAAGGUAUCUAGGAGCCUUUGUAAGUUCUCGUAUAAGCCUUUAGUAUACGUUUUAACACCGAAGGAUUACCAGAACGUCUUGUCCUUGUAGGCUGGUAAAAAGAAUGGUACGUUACAUUACAUGACAUCGUCUUCACAUGCCAAGCAGGGACAUUUUUACUUUAGAAACUAUUUUGAUUUUAUGAGCUGUAGUAACAUUCAAGAUGACCUCUAUUUUGAGUGAAAACAAUCUUUACAUCUCUAGAGUGAUUGAUUGAUGAUUGCCCAAUAUGUCGAACGAUUGGAUGAUCCACUGUUCUAUUUACCGCUGGAUUGAUUAGUUGGUUGGCGGGUGCAUAAUUUUUUGUAUGUGGUUUUGUCUCUUUAAAGCAAUCGAUUGAUAACUUUUUAAUUCUUUUAAACUAAGAUCUUGAUGAAUGUGGAGGGAAUAAUCACCAUUGUCACCAUAAUGCCGUCUGUACAAACACAAUCGGCUCCUAUAAAUGCCAGUGCUCGAUAGGAUAUACCGGUGAUGGCUUAGUGUGUGCAGGUAAUAAUCCAUAAUUUUAUUUCCCUUCCAAAAUAUAAACUAGAAGUGCUUUUUUACCGCAAUACUAGCAGAGCUGGAAUAUCAUAUUGGUGUAAUAGCAAAACACCAUGAGCCUCCAAAUUAUUUAUUAAAUCUUUAUUUCAGUAUUCAUCAAGAAAAAUCCGAAUUCAAUAACUGUUUUUAUUCAUCAAAACACUACGGAGCUCAUAACAGAUGUUCUUCACAGAGCAGUUGCCAUCCUUCGACUUUUCAUUCUACGAUUUCACGAUUGAUGUCAAUCAUUUAACAAAUAGAUUAUAUAUUGCCGUUCGUCUGUUCAGUAAUAGAUCAAAGAUAACUUCAAAAAAUGUUAAAAACAAAGAAGUGGCAAAGUCCCAAACGCUACUUUUAGUCUCUUUUUCUUGCUUUUUUUUUUCUUUAUCUUACUUGAAACCAGUUUCUUCGAAAAGUUUUUUUCUCAAAUUGUCAAGAACUCUUUUUGUCUCCGUUUUUCCAUUUUUCUUCUUUGUAAAUAGCUCCUGGUAAACUCGAGGCUUUCACUUGCUUAAUCCGAAAUAAUCUCACAAACGUUUUCAAAACCGCCCGCCAUGCUGAACAAAGCAAAGAAAACAAAUUUCCCGUGGCGUUAUUCAUGUAUCUGUACUCUAACAGAUCAAGGGCGAUGGACCAAUCACAGCGCGCGUAGGUUUCACAUCAUUGUCAUUGUAUAAAAAGUGAUAGUAAACAUUUUCCAAAUUUUGACAACCGGCUGGUUGGUGAAGAAGAAUGCGUGGGUGGGUUCAAGCCAAGCAGAAAAAGAGAAAUUUUUAAUGAAUAUCAAUUGAAGUCAAAAGAAUAUCACCUUUCUCCCUUAUGAAGUGGUGUUUGUUAGUUAACGUUGGAGUAUGAGUUCUUAUAUUGUGUUCUUGUUAAAAGUUUUUCUUUCCCUGGCUCUUAAGAUGUAGACGAGUGUUCUGCAGGACAUCAGUGUGACAGCAGUGCGACUUGUAAUAAUACAGAUGGGUCUUACACAUGCACCUGUGACAGUGGCUACUCAGGAGAUGGACGAACCUGCUAUGGUAAAUAAACUACUUGAUCAAAUGCACAGGUUUCACAAAAAAUCUUUCACAAAAGUAGGUACACGAAUUUUGGCCCUUUAAUCUAUUUUUUUUUUUCGUUUCAGAGCUAUCCAUACUAAAAGUAAUGAUAUUAAAAAGCGUUCAACUUUAAUUUCCCCAGCCAGUUUUCUUACGUAAAUCUCCCAAGUUCAGCACAUGCACGAACUCUUGCUCCCCUAUGAUACACCCGAAGCAAAUCGUUUUAAUUCUUAGAAUACUAGAAAAUGCAAUUUAAACGGGAAAAACAAAUAAAGAAAAGAAAAAAGCCACAAGCGCUUGUUUGAAAGUUUAUCGAAAAAAGACAUGAAAAUACAUGAAACUAAAAUACCUUGACCAGCUACGAAAGAAGGCAUGUGUUGUUUCUUCAUGAUCGCGAAGCCAAUCGCCGAGUCACUCGCCGAUAGAUAACUGCAGCCUGUUCAUAGGACAUGAAGAAUAUAAAACACAAGCAACCAGCUACAAAAACGGGCUAUGCAGCCAUUCACUACAGCAAUCUAGGCGUUAGCUGGUGGCUUCAAACAACUUCAUAACAAGCUACCGAGGUAAAAGUUUUUCUCCAAUGUUCUUACUUUUGUAACUGCACCAAAAAUCCAAAUUCACAGUAAUUUUGACGGCUGCACUUAAAAAUUAUUUUUCUUCACAGUAACUGCGAGGGUUUUUUUAGCUGUCCUGCUGUGUAAAAUCCUAGAAUCCCGAAUGAGUUUUUCAAAGUGUUUAUCGCUAUAGUGUUUUGAUUUUUCAUUCAUCCAGUCCGUUCGCGCGUUGACGGUCAGUUUUGAUAGACGUGUGACAUGUGAAUAGCGGACGUCCCUUGUCUUUUCCGGUUUGUUCUAACAAAACUAAAGGUGGUGUUACACAGGACGAUUCGCAACGACGAUUUUAAGCGCAACACGCGCGCGGCUUUGCAACAUUGUCUCGACUUUGUUUCAAAUAGUUGCAACAUCGUUCCAACAUUGCGUUACAUUAAGUCGGGGAGAUUCAUCGAGAUUUUGUGGGUGUUUUUAAUAGAAGAAUUAUUCCACUCGCGCUUGCUGGAUAUGAGAUGAUUAUUGCCUACUCGGCGCUACGCGCCUUGUUGGCUAGCUACCAUCUCAUAUCCAACGCGCUCUCGUGGAAUAAUUAUUAAAUAUGACUUGCAUUCCAAUCGCUUUUAAAUAAGAAAACAGAAUAAUUAUGAUAAAGAAGGGAACUCUCAAUACAGGCUGAUUCAAUGAGCAUACACUGUAAGUGAAAGUAUUACAAGCACACGCGUUUUAUCGUCGUAAUAUGACAAUUGCACGAUGACGUCAUUUUACUACAACUACCAGAAUCCUUCAGUUCUGACUCGUUCUGACCUCUUUUCCUCUUUUUUCUUUACUAUCUAUCCUGGAACUAGUUCAUUAAGAAAUUGUAAUUGUCUUUAAUUUCAGACGUGGAUGAAUGCUCACUCAACACUCAUGACUGCGACGCAAAUGCAAUUUGCACUAACACAGUAGGAGCAUUUACUUGCAAGUGCGACGUAAACGCGCAUUACAUUGGCGACGGAAAGACUUGUACUUCCCACCGUAAGCCAACCUAUUUUAAUUAGAUAAUUAAACAAGUACUAACCAAAGGUGCGGGUGACAACGAUCGAAGGUCUAAACGCUUUUGCCCAAACGCUUUGCUUUGCGUAAGUUUCACGCGAUAGAUAGUCAAAACACGCGUGAUUAAAUUACGAGUGAUAGAGUGUCCAAACGCGCGUGAUCAGACUGUGUUCCAUUCAUAAUCUUAGUGUAAGUCCAAAUGCCGCCGUAAUAGAAACCUGGAGAUUAGGAUUUGCGGGCUCCUCUUGACGCCCGCAACAAUUUAUCUGUUUAUAGAUCUGCUCUUUUUUAGGUUUUUAUCACGGCUGGCUAGUCCACUUUGUUUAUAGCUGUCAAUGACGCGUCCUUUUUCGCCAUAGCACUUGAAAAUAGAAAAUGUUUGUAAAAGACAAAAUAACUGCUUUGAACUUUGAAAAACUGUUAAGCUAACAAGUUUUCGAAAACCACAGUUUGUAUCUGUUUCAUUCUUCAGGUUUGUCUAUCCGAUCCCCCUUUGUGUUCUCUGUGUUAUUUAUACCUUUUGAGCGAUUAUUUUUUUAUGUUUCACUCAAUUUAGUGGGAGUUCCCAUUGCUUUGUUUGAAUUUUGAUAAUAGUUUUGUCCCUGAUUUCAUAGUAAGUUCCAGUGAGUUUUGGAGAGCUUCGGCAGUCAAUACGCGCGCUUUAGUGGCCUUUGCUGUUUUGGAGAGGUAGCAAAGAUGCGGUGUUUGCCAAUAUACAGUUGUUAGAUCAUUGUCAGGUCUUUCUUUCUCUGUUUUUAGCACUUGUUUGAUCAAAAAACAGCAAAACCUUAAAGCAACUAAAGGACAGAUUUUGGUUUGCUUUUCUUUCAGGUGGCCUCGGUAACUCAGUCAUUUUAUCGAAUGACGUCGGCAAGAUAUCACAAUUGAAUACCUGGCUUCUUCCCCAUUUGCAAAGUUCAGUCAGAAGUUACUGGAAACUGUGUUAUAGAGCCACUAGUCACGGUUGGAGCUCGCAGACCUUUCACAGUUAUUGUGAUAACAAGGGACCCACUGUAACCAUUGUAAGAGUUGGAAGCUAUAUAUUUGGGGGUUACAACGACAAUUCGUGGCAAUGUAAGUCUGCUAAACUAAAACGACACUAAGAGGGGUGUUACUGUUUGAAAUUAUGGCCAUUAAACCCCGAGUGUGUAAGGGGUGAUGAGUAGGGCUGGUGCAAUCUUCCCCAAUACCGUGAGCAAGACACAAUGACGCUCCGAUUGGUUAAAAACCAUGCGUUUAACCUAGAGCGAGUAAGAAAGGGUAGUGGCAUCCUCCUUUCUUCUGCAACAGCUAACAUCAUUCAUUUUUUUAAAUAAUGGUUUUAUAGUACUUUUUUUUCAGUAAUUGAUUGUUUUUAUGGCCUCAUCUGAUUAGUGGUAAAGGGAAAGUUUUUUUAGUAUAUUGUUGCGCUUGUUUGCGCAACAAAAAGCGGCUAACUAAUUCAAUGAUUAACGCACACCCGGAUGUGUUCUAGGUCUCAUAUAAUUCUCGGGUAAAUUCAAUAAAAACUUUACAAGGGUAAUUAAUUAUAUUAUAUUAAAUUCAAAUUUAAUAUAACAAUGUUGUAAAGCGCAACCGAAUAUAUUCAUAUAGAGAUUUGCGCUCUAUAAAUGUAAAUUAUUAUUAUGGCAGCAAAAACGUCUGGAUGCCCAGAGUAAAAAAUUAAAGCUUUGGCUGGGCGGCAAACCGUAACCAGCCGAAGCAUUGACUAAAAUUUGUAGUAACGAUUACACAAUAAUUUGCGCAAAAAAAAAUAAACAAAUGAAUAAACUGGGUAGAAAUGAUUUGAUAAAAGUGUCAUUAAAAAAAAUUAAAACAAUAAAAAAAUCCUACAAGCUUUAUGGACGUCUCAAUUAUAAAAUAAAAAUGUUCAUAAGUUAAAAAUCAUCGUUCAUAUUGCUGUCCAUUAAAUAAUGAGAGCGUCUAAGGUAUGUCAAUACCUUAUUAUAGGAAAUUAACGCUCCAUGAAAUUAACGCGAAUCGUUAAAAUUCGCGUUAAUUUAAGUCGCGUUCAUUUUGUUGAGCGUUAAUUUCCGCGACAUUAAUUAAGUGCAGCGUUAAUUUCCGCGCUCUUAAUUUCCAGUAUUUUAACCCCAAUUUUGGAACCUGUCCAGACAUUCUUGACACCUAAAAUACAUUAACUACAAGCUUUCUUUCUUUCCGUUUACCCUUUAUUUUCAUCUUUCACAAAAGGUAAGGCGAAGGUUUCCAAUAUUUCGAGUUCAUCUUCAUCGUUGUCGCUGUCAGAGGUGAUGUCAAUGUCUUCUCCCUUGACCAACUGUGUCUUAGUCGCGUUAAUUUCCUUUAUUAUGAAAUUCUGCCUUCUCUUUCGCGUUAAUUUUCUUUAUUCGAAAGUCGUUUGCCAUUAAAUUCGCGUUAAUUUAAGUCGCGUUAAUUUCCAAUACCUUAAUUUCAUGGAGCGUUAAUUUCCUAUAAUAAGGUAAAAUUUCGAAAAUGUACAAGAGUAAGUAUCUGUUAAAAUAGGCGUCCAAAAUUCCUAUAGAUAUCUAACUGCUCAGCUUAUUAUUAUGUCGCAGUAUGAAAGUUUGGAAUGCUGUCCACAUUGAGUAGUAUAAGGCGCAUAGCGUAACCUACACCACUUGAGAAGCUAUACUUAGAAGUAAAAAAAGGUCGGUACGAAACCUAAUAUACAUAAUGAUAUGAACCUCUCUGCCAAUUUAAAAUAUUAUUAAGUUCUUAUACUCUGUAAAACUCUAAUGCUCUUAAAAAAAAUCUCAGUAAAAACAUCAGCAAGCUUGUGUUUCUAGAUUUCUAGAGAAAAAACAAAAACCUAAAAACUGGAGUCCUUAGCGCCCCGACUAAGUAUUUAUCUUAAAUGUUCUGGCAAUGUUUAAAGUGUUUGAGAUGAUCGACUUCUGCAUCCGCUCAAGUACGCUCCGUGCUCUCGCUCCAAGUAGCUUCCUCACCGACUUCUCUAGGUGUUUAGAGUAACCACCCAGUACGUCAAUUAUUACGUUGUACUCUUCAACCCUGUAACCAUUGUAUCUCUGCUUCAGCUCCCACAUCAUGGGCCCAUACUUGAGUGUCUUUUCCUCAUCUUUCUUAGCUCUACUCUCAAUCCAUGGGCAACUCAUUUCAAUUGUGCAGACUUCUUUCCUCUCGUGGCUGACAAGUCGCGCGUCGAUCCGAUUUGUUCUAACUUCGUUGUGCUCUGCAUAGAUGAGAAUAUCCCAAAACGCCUCACUCGUGGUGUUCUGGUAGGCUGGUUUUGGCAUCACCGGUGAGUACCAUGGUGGAGCCUCUUCUAUUAACCCAUGCUCUCGCAGGAGCUCAAAAAACAGAAUUUUGAAAGCUGCAUUAUGCCUGUAUAGGUACUUGGUUUGGGCCAGGGAGGAACAUCCAGCCAAAACAUGUGCAACGCUCUCAGCUACCUUCCCACAUAAUCUGCAUAGGACUUCGCUGUCGUUGGAGGUUUGCGUCUUCUCCUUUGUGUAGAGCUUCGUAGGUAACAACUGCUCAUACAAUUCAUACAUGCCCGCGAUGGUAUGUGUAGGGCAUGUAGCCCAACCUUUUAACCAUACAAAGCAGCUGGUUAUGCUUAGCCUCUCAUCUUCCCAUCUGAUACGGAAUAACUUUCCUCGGCACUUUUUGUCCUUAGCGAUCUCCAAGAACUGCUUCUCUUGAGAUUGCUUCAACAGAUUCCCAUCUCUUGCUGCAGUUACCACCUUUCCUUCAGUUGUAACACACACGGGAUUUAGGGUAUCAAGCUGAAGUGUAAUGUUGAGUUCUUCAGCGUACUUAGCUGCUUCCUUUACGAGCGACUGGUGGCCUGAUGCCAUGGCGUGUUCUUCAAAUUCUCUAACUGCUUCCACAGUCUGGUCCGAGUUCUGAUACAAUUUCAGUAGCGAUUUGAUUUUAGUGAACGUGUACUCGUGUUCGUCUGAUCGCAGGCCUCUACCCCCUUUCUCGCUCGGUAGUUAUAACAAAGAAGCUAGCUGGGUGCUUGCCACCGUUCUCAACUAUGAUCUUCCGAGCUGCUCUGUCCACAUCUCUCAACUCUGAUAGAGGCUAAUGCUGUGUCCACAUUAAGUACCGUAGGACCGGGAGUGCAUACUGAUUAGUUGCCUUUACACGGUUACAAUCAGACAGGGGGCUGGACCAUACAAUAGAUAUCCUGCGUAGACACUCUUUAGCCGCACACGCUAGGGCCAGCCGUUUAUCUUGUCGAACGUUCUCUAGCACCCCCAGGAAUUUGUAGAGUUUUCCUUCCCCAAGAGCCGUGAUGGUAGUUGUCUCGUCCAUCCUCAUACCAGACUCGUCUAGCACUUGGGCUCCCCUCUUCACGUGUACCACUGAGCACUUUUUCUGAUUCCAGUGGAGGCCGAUGUCCUGCAUCGCUCCUCUAGUCUCUUUCAGCACUCGGUUCAGCUUGCUCUCGGAGGCAGCAAAAACCUUCAGGUCGUCGAUAUACAGGAGAUCGGUGACUUUGACUCCUAUAGGCUUGGAUAACCGGUAUCCCUCUUUUGCCCGCAGGCGCCACACUACUGGGUUCAGGCACAGUGUAAACAGUCUAGGACACAAAGCGUCCCCCUGGGGUAGUCCCUUCAUGAACCUUAUUUUUCUAGAAGUCUCUCGCCCUUGCCCUGUUGUAGCUACUACUACUAUUAUUAUUAUGUCGCAGUAUGAAACCUUGGAAUGCUGUCCACAUUAUAAGCAGUAUAAGGCGCAUAGCGUAACCUACACCACUUGAGAAGCUAUACUUAGAAGUAAAAAAAGGUCGAUACGAAACCUAAUACGAUCCUAAAAUAUAUAGUGAUAUAAAUCUCUCUACUUAAAAAGCCAAUUUAGAAUAUUAUUAAAUUCUGAUACGCUGUAAAACCUUCGCUAUCUCUACUAAAAGCUUAUUUAUAAUAAUAUCAAACUCUAAUGUUCUAAAAAAUCUAAGUAAAAAAUUAUUAUUAUUAUUAUUAUUAUUAUUAUUAUUAUUAUUAUUAUUAUUAUGUAAAAUUUAGCACAGGGAUUUUCCCUGGGGAGAAAUAUCAAGUCAAGUCUCAUCCCGAGACCUCAGCCUUCCAGCACCUUUCUGAGGAUAUGUGCCGAUCCGAGGAGUGCCGACUUUUGCAUCGUUCUUGUUCGGUUUUUAAUUCCUAGUUGCUCCAAGUGGCCUGCCAGCUUCUUUGACACUGAACCCAAUGCACCUACAACCACUGGCACCACUUUUGUCCUUGAUUUCCAGAUCCUUUGAAUCUCUCUUGCCAGGUCUUGGUACUUUUCACACUUUUCAGUUUCUUUCUGCAGUAUAUUACUAUCUCCGGGAACAGCUAUGUCCACAAUGAUUGUUUCCUUUGCCUUCUUUUUCUGAAUUACAAUGUCUGGCCUCCUGUGAUGGAUUUCACGGUCUGUUUGGAUGAUAAAGUCCCACAACAGUUUAACCUCCUCAUUCUCUUCUACGCUUUUGGGGGAAUGCUCAUACCAUUUGUCACUGCACUCAACUCCAUAUUCCUUGCACACCUCCCAAUGAAUGACCCGCCCAACAACAUCAUGCCUCUUUUUAUAAUCUGUCUGCGCAAGCUUGGGGCAACUACACAAAAUAUGCUGCACAGUUUCAUCGUGGCUACCACACAUUCUGCAUUUGGAUGAUACAUUUUGGUUUUCGAUUCUGGCUUUUACGGCGCCUGAUCUUGCGCGGCAAGUUCACCAGUUCUUAUCCACUCCCAAGCGACACCAGAUAGGUCAUCUGUCUCUUUCUUGAACUGCCCAUGCAGCUGCUUUCCAGACCAGUCCUCAGUUCUUUUCCUCUUCAUCUUUUCCUUAUAUUCCUUUGGCGUUUCAAUUUCAUUGACAUUCUUCCUCUUCCAUGCAGCUUUCAACAACCGUUCCUGGCUCUGGCAGACGUAGACAUUGAUAUUUCUUUCUUCAAUAUUAAUGGCAUCCUCAACACUAAUAAGUCCACGCCCUCCUUCUCUUCUUGGUAGGUACAAGCGGCUUACAUUGGACCUGGGGUGAAGAGCGCCAUGGAUGGUUAAUAGUUUCCUGGUCUUACGAUCCAAUUCAGCAAGCUCACUCUUUGUCCAAUUUACAAUCCCCCCACUGUACCGAAGUAGAAAUACAGCCCAGCUGUUAAUAGCCUUUAUGACAUUACCAGCAUUUAGCUUUGAGGACAAAGUUUUCUUCACUCUCCUAAUGUGCUCCUUCUUCAUCCUUCUCUUCACUUCGUCAUGCAUAAUGUCAUCGGCCUCUAACACCCCCAGAUAUUUAUAACCUUCAACAUCAUCUCCAAUACCUCGGAUAAUUCUUCCAUCAGGCAAUCUUAUGCCCUCUGACUUAUCCCGCUUACCUCUUUUCAUUACCAUCGUUGCGCACUUCUCGAUUCCAAAAUCCAUACCAAUGUCACUGCUGAACACCCGGACAGUAUGUACAAGUGAUUAUUAUUAUUAUUUAAAUUAUUAUUAUUAUUAUUAUCAUUAUCAUUAUCAUUAUCAUUAUUAUUAUUAUUAUUAUUAUUAUUAUUAUUAUUAUUAUUAGUAUUAUUAUUAUUAUUAUUAUUAUUAUUAUUAUUAUUAUUCGAAGUGAGGCUUUUCUUUCGAAACUCGAGGGACCGAUUACUUAACCUUGGACCGUGUCUAAAUACCGACAAAAGAACGAUAAAACGUUAAACCUGCUGACAGGUGUGCUUUUAUGAUCAUUAUUUUGAAAUGACCUGAAAUAGACGGACUACUGCGCAACAGAGAAUUGAGAGAGUUAAGAGAAAAAGAGACUACGCCAAUCGACGUAAAAUACAUGUUCAACAAAUUACACACCCUACGGACAUAUUUUACCCUUUUUGAGGAAUACGAUGAAGAAGAUUUCCAAUUGCGUUUUCGCCUUUUUCAAUAAUGAUCUUUCAACAUUAUACAAGGAGGGGUCUGCUGUUAACUUCGAUGCAGUAAGUUCUAAUUGCCUUCAGAUUUUAUACAACAAGUUUCAAGCAGGUUAUUGGCGAUUUAUUUGGUGUUUCUGUAUUCAUUCUGCUGCACGCACGGUCAUUUACAAGGUUUCAAGGGCUAUCGCGAAACGAAAAGAACCUUUUUUUUUUUGCAUUCCCUAAGGAAAUUUUGCUACCAAGAGAGCGUUUUAUUAGAAAGUGUCAUUGGGAGGUGCAUUUCAGGUUCUCGUUUUUAACGGCGUAGGUUGCUCAUUUAACUGCAAGGAUCAAUUUCCCUUUCGUAUAUUUAUCCACAAAUCAAAAUUUUGAGUCAUUUCGUGUACUUUUAUUCUGUUUUAACUGAAUUGCUCAACAGAACCCUACAAAUUAAUUUCAAGCAGAGAACGUAUAUCAUAAUUCAAAAAAACGAAGUGGAUAUAACUCGAUUUCAUACCAUCUAGAGACUGUACUAAAAAUGACACAGCUUUUACGGAAACUUUUAGUAAAUAUGCACCUAACGUGUCUUGGCACUAAAAGACGUGUUGAUGUUUUGCUUGGAAUUUUAAUGUUCUUUGUCUCUUUUCAGGGUCUUAUGGGUAUCAGUCCUCGACCAACACUUUCAUUUACUCGCUGAAAAACUAUUACGGGUAUGGAUACUUUAAAAAUGAUGUAAACGGCCACUAUUACUAUGCCACAUACAGUCACUAUAACUAUUUUCCAACCUUUGGUGGAGGGCAUGAUAUCUACAUUGCAGACAACGCAGGAUACAAUUAUAACUCUUUCUUUAAUUGUGGCUGCCAUUCGUAUACAAGUCCCUAUUCCUAUUGUUCCUGUAAUAUGUGGACUGGAAGCAAUAACUUCUGCCCAGAUGAGUUAGAGGUAUUCUAUGAAGUGCUUGCAUAA